GAAAGAAGCAAAAGGUGGAUCGACCCCAUUUCUUUCGGCUGCUUUCCUCGAUCUACCGAGCUUCUCUCUCACUCUAUAAACUAAAUCUUCUUUUAUCUGAAUUUCGCGCAUUUUCUAUCAGUGUAGGGUUUCUGAUGUGCUUGAAUCGGUGGAUUUGAGUUUUCGGAUCGAGCUGUUUUAGGUUUUUAUAGUUAAAAAAAGGAUGGCUUGGUUCAGCGGGAAGGUGUCCUUAGGGGGCUUUCCUGAUCUCGCCGGGGCAGUCAAUAAACUCCAAGAAAGCGUGAAGAAUAUUGAGAAGAAUUUUGAUACAGCUCUCGGGUUUGAGGAGAAGUCUGAAUCAAGCAACAAUGAAGCUUCAGGAUUGUGGUCUUCGGACCGAAAACCACUAUUUGACCCAGUUAUGUCCUUUAUGGGUCAGAAAAGUGAGGAGACUGAAGUUGAAUCAUCAGAAAAACUUGAAUCUUCAGACAGUCCACCCAAAGUUGAGGAAAAAGAAAAGGCUGAAACUGACAAAUCAGGUCAUUCUCAUGUGAAAACCACUGUUGAAGAAGAUAAAGAAGCUGUCAAGGUAGAAAAAAAUAACGAGCAUUCAGAGGUUGUGGAGAGAGCAGAUACUGUGACUUCGGACCCUGGUAAAUCUGAAUCUGAAUCAGAAUCAGAAACAAUUUCUGCAGAGCCUUCUGAAUCUACCUUUAAUAAUGUUAAGUCAUCAGAUUCUCCAGAAAAUGAACAUCAGAAAGAAAUUUUAGAUGUAGUACCCUCUGCAAAUUAUGAAUCCAAGGAAGCCAAACUAGAUAUUGCAGAGGUAGACACAGUUGAAGUUACUGAGGCUGUGCCGACCGGGUCAAGGGAUGCUGUAGACAUGCAUGAAAUUAAUGAUGAACGAAAGACACAAACAGAAGAAACUUUAGAGAAAGGUUCUCUAGUUAAAUAUGAGGAAUCAAUUGACAGCCAAGCUGAUGCUGGCAAUGGCCCUGAUGAGCCAAUGCCUUCAAGUUCACAUUCUGCUAUAGUAGAGGAGACUAACAGUGCUCAGGAACUUUUUCUGUCCACUGAAUCGGUUCUUGAAAAUGAUGAAAAUGCUACAAGAGUUGAAGUGGACCGGCAGAUUAAUGAUUGUGAAAAUGAUGCUAAAGAAGAUAUACGCUUGAGUUCUGCCAGUGUCUUAUCUAACAAUGCGGAUUCUAUCCAUGAAUUGGAGAAGGUGAAGAUGGAACUGAAAAUGAUGGAAUCUGCAUUGCAAGGUGCUGCAAGACAGGCUCAGGCAAAAGCUGAUGAAAUCUCUAAGCUGAUGAAUGAGAAUGAGCAGCUUAAAGUUGUAAUUGAGGAUUUGAAGAGAAAAUCCAAUGAAGCAGAAAUGGAGUCUCUGCGAGAGGAAUAUCAAAAAAGGGUUUCAACUCUUGAAAGGAAGGUUUAUGCCUUGACUAAAGAAAGGGAUACUCUUCGAAGAGAGCAGAAUAAAAAAAGUGAUGCUGCUGCUCUUUUAAAGGAAAAAGACGAAAUAAUUAAUCAAGUCAUGGCUGAAGGCGAAGAGCUUUCAAAGAAGCAGGCUGCUCAAGAGGCUCAGAUCAGGAAAUUAAGAGCUCAGAUUAGAGAGCUCGAAGAGGAGAAGAAAGGCCUGACUACAAAGCUACAGGUUGAAGAGAACAAGGCAGAGAGCAUAAAAAAGGACAAAACAGCUACAGAGAAGUUGCUACAAGAAACAAUUGAAAAACACCAAGCAGAACUUUCGGCUCAGAAAGACUUUUAUACAAAUGCUCUAUUUGCUGCAAAGGAGGCUGAAGCACUAGCAGAGGCCCGUGCCAACAAUGAAGCUAGAACUGAACUGGAGAGUCGAUUAAGAGAGGCUGAAGAACGUGAAGCACUGCUUGUUCAGACACUUGAAGAGUUGAGACAAACCUUAAGCAGAAAGGAGCAGCAGGCUGUUUAUCAAGAAGACAUGUUUCGCAGGGACAUCGAAGAUCUUCAAAAACGUUACCAGGCAAGCGAACGCCGGUGUGAGGAAUUGAUUGCACAAGUGCCUGAGUCUACUAGACCUCUUUUAAGGCAGAUUGAAGCCAUGCAGGAAACAACUGCCAGAAGAGCAGAAGCUUGGGCUGCUGUGGAGAGAUCUCUAAACUCUCGUCUCCAGGAAGCAGAGGCAAAAGCUGCAGCUGCUGAAGAGAGAGAACGAUCUGUGAAUGAACGCCUAUCUCAAACCUUAUCGCGAAUUAAUGUUCUUGAAGCUCAGAUUUCUUGUCUUAGAGCUGAACAAACACAGAUAAGCAAGUCCCUUGAGAAAGAGAGGCAGAGAGCUGCUGAGAAUAGACAAGAAUACCUUGCAGCAAAGGAGGAAGCUGAUACGCAAGAAGGUCGGGCAAACCUGCUUGAGGAACAAAUUAGGGAACUAAGACGGAAACAUAAGCAAGAGUUACAAGAUGCUCUUGUGCACCGGGAACGUCUACAGCAGGAAGUAGAAAGGGAGAAAGCUGCUCGGUUAGACUUGGAAAAGACAGUGCAUGUGCAUUCUACGGCUGUAUCUGAGCAAGCUCCAAUUGCAAGGCGUAAUUCCAUUUCGGAGAACGGAAGCUUGUCCCGGAGACUCUCUACUGCUAGCAGCCUAGGAAGUAUGGAGGAAAGCUAUUUUCUGCAAGCAUCUUUGGACUCAUCUGAUGGUGUAUCCGAAAGGAGAAAUAUUGGAGAGGCAACCUUAAGUCCACUCUACAUGAAAAGCAUGACACCCAGUGCGUUUGAAUCGGCCCUUCGUCAGAAGGAGGGUGAACUUGCUUCCUACAUGUCUCGUUUGGCUUCCAUGGAAUCAAUCCGUGACUCUUUAGCCGAGGAGUUAGUCAAAAUUACCGCACAGUGUGAAAAGUUGAAGGCAGAAGCCGCCACAGUUCCAGGAAUCCGGGCAGAGCUAGAAGCCUUGAGGCGGAGACACACUGCUGCGCUGGAGCUAAUGGGUGAACGGGAUGAAGAGCUGGAGGAACUCCGAGCUGACAUUGUGGACUUGAAGGAAAUGUACAGAGAGCAAGUAAACUUACUUGUGAAUAAGAUCCAAAUAAUGAGUUCUUCGGCGGGUAAUUCUUCGUAAGCGAUUAUCUUCUUCUUUGUUUGGUGUGGUAAUUUCCAAAAAGAAAUGUGAAUGAUAUACUUUAUAGUCAGGUGUUGGUUCUAAAGAAAUUUUGUUGUUAAAAAACUCAAACUAGUUGAAAGAUGUGUUUUGUUGCAAGCGUUUGUUUGAUGAGGAGACUGCCUGCCCCUUCAAUGA